CCCGUGGUCCACCUGACCCUGCGCCAGGCCGGCGACGACUUCUCCCGCCGCUACCGCCGAGACUUCGCGGAGAUGUCCAGCCAGCUGCACCUGACGCCCUUCACCGCGAGGGGACGCUUUGCCACGGUGGUGGAGGAGCUCUUCAGGGACGGGGUGAACUGGGGGAGGAUUGUGGCCUUCUUUGAGUUCGGUGGGGUCAUGUGUGUGGAGAGCGUCAACCGGGAGAUGUCGCCCCUGGUGGACAACAUCGCCCUGUGGAUGACGGAGUACCUGAACCGGCACCUGCACACCUGGAUCCAGGAUAACGGAGGCUGGGACGCCUUUGUGGAACUGUACGGGCCCAACAUGCGGCCUCUGUUCGACUUCUCCUGGCUGUCCCUGAAGGCGCUGCUCAGCCUGGCCCUGGUGGGAGCUUGCAUCACCCUGGGUGCCUAUCUGGGCCACAAGUGAAGGCAACAGGCCUACCACAAACAAAUAUGCAAAAGGUUCGCGAAAGCAGUAGAAAUAUAUGCAUUGUUAGGGAUGUACCAUGAAACGGAGCUAUGGUCUCUUAAAAACAAGCAAGCAAACAAACAACAAAAACAGCUUUCAGGCUCAACGUCGAAUCAGCUAUUUACUGCCAAAGGGAAAUACCAUUUAUUUUUUACAUUUCUGAGAAAAAAGAUUUAUUUAUUUAAGACAGUCCCGUGGAGCAUCCUGUCUUUGGAAAGCCUACCACUCAUUGCCAAGCGUCGCCGGUGUGGCUCCACCUGGAUCUCCUGUGCCUACAAACAGAUUCGCCUUCCAUGUUAUUGGCCGGACUGACUCACCAUCUGAAGGGCAAACAACCUGACGAAGGACAGGACUGUUCCAGAAGCCGAGCUUCUGGCUGCUGGAGGUUUGGAAGGAGGUGUUCAUUUUCCUGGCAUUGAUUUGCCCCCGGGGGCUGUGAUAUUAAUAGAGGGAGGUGCUUGGAGGGAGGUGCAUUCUUUCCCAGCCAGAAGAACCUACACUUUGCAUAUGUCUCACAUGGUACAUUCCUGGUUGGAAGAAAAAAAAAAAAAAAUCGGGAACUUCAGAUGGACUUGGUAUCCGCCAAGAUUUCCACACCGAAGGACAGUGGUAGGAAAAAUGCCCUUAAACCAUAGGAAAGUAUUUUUUUAAGCUACCAAUUGUGCCGAGAAGCAUUUUAGCAAUUUAUACAAAAUCAUCCAGUACCUUAAGCCCUGAUGUGUAUAGUCGUAUAUUUUGGAUACGCUCCCCCUCCAAAAACUGGCUCUGCACGUGAAACAGGAUCCUCGGGAAUGCGAGGAAGCGAACGUCUGGGUGACUUCUUCGGCAUCAGCGUCAGGGAGGCUGCAGUUACAGAGCAUCAGGCCGCCGCAAGUGCCUGCUUUGCCGCAAAAGGCCGCUGUCUGGAGUCCCGCCUCGCCCCAGCUGGGAGGCCCGGCCCUGGACCUUCGCCUGGGCGAUCGCUGGCCUGCUCCAGGGAUUUCAGACAGAGCGCUGUGGUCUCCCAGUGUCUGGAAGCUGAUGGAACUCAGAAUCCCGCUGUCAAGGAAGAGCAGUAGGCUGGGGCCUGGACCCCUGGGCCCCAGCCAGAAAGGUCCUUUCCCCCUGGAAUGUGGAGCCUGGAGCCUGGAACCUGGGAACCAACGCUCCUAAGGCAUUUGCCACUGUGGAGGGAAGGUGGCGAAGGCCGGGAGUGCCACUCGAAGGCCGGGAGUGCCACUCGAAGGCCGGGAGUGCCACCACCAAAAGGAAACGCAGAGAAAGGAGACACGCGCGGCCCUUGUGCAGCGUGGCCACGGCGCACGUGCACCGGCUCCACGGCCACCCACCUGUCUGAACAGUUGAAAGCAAGGCUUUAAAUGACUUAGGGGAGGGUCAUAAAUCCUGAGGAAGCGUUGAGAUGAGGUGUCAUGGAUUAAUUGACCCAUGUCUAUGGAAUUACGAUGUAAAACAUUAUCUUGUCAUUGUAGUUUGGUUUUAUUUGAAAACCUGAUAGAGGGGGGAAAAAAAAGUUCCAGGUGUGGAAUGUGGAGUUUAUCUGUACAUCCUGGGCAUUUAAAAAGGAAAAAAAAAAAAAAGCAGUGGCGGAGAGCUGUAGAGAAGUAGCGAAAGAAGUGAUCUUCAGCCGGUAAACUAGGAAAUGUUUUCAAGUUUAGAGAGCCUGAGACACGUGGAAUAACUGUGGCAUUAUUGCAUUAUAUACCAUUUAUCUGUAUUAACUUUGGAAUGUAAUAUGUUCAAUGUUUAAUGCUGUGGUUGAUAUUUCGAAAGCUGCUUUUUAAAAAAAAAAUACAUGCAUCUCAGCAUUUUUUAAAAAUUGUAUUUAGUUAUGGCCUCUACGUUCUUUGUUAGCGAAAAUGAUCAUUUUUUUUUUUUUCCCACUUGAGAUUAUUGUCGCUUAAUUCUUUAAAAGCAUUUCUGAGAAGAUGAGCUAAGCCCUGGGUCUCAGCUACCUGAGAAACUCUGGAGCAUGCCGGCCACGGAGGCGAUUCUUUCCACAGAGUUAUGCGCUCUUCCUUGACAACAUAAUUGUUUAUUGUGAGGGAUGUAUGUGUUGUCCCUUUGCCCUUGUUCCUUGCGGGUUUAUUUGUCCCCGGGCAAAUCAUAAUUUAACUCACAUUAUUUAGGAUUGCAUACAUGUUUGGUUAAACCCAUGAGGUUCAUUCAGUUGAAAAUCUAGAUGAGAAGUGACCAGGGGAUUAAAUUCUGGCUCCAAUGGUUUGACCUUUCGAGAGUUGCUUUACAUGGCCUGUUUCCACAUAGACUCAUCUAGAGCCCUCCUGCCCUCCUUCUGCAGGGCCCUUUCCCUGGCUGUCCUUCAGGUUUUUCCUGAAAUGCAGUGGCACUUACGCCCCAUGCCCCACACCGAGAAAGCAGGAAACCCCAUGGUAUGAAGCCAGACCUCCCUGGCGGGCCUCAGGGAACAGGACGAUCAGACCUUUGAAUGAUUCUAAUUUUUAAGAGAAAUAUUAUUUUAUGAAAGGUUUACAUUGUCAAAAGUGAUAAAUAUGGAAUAUCAAAUCCUGUGCUGCUAUUCUGCCAAGAUCAUCUUAAUGGAGUCAGUUUGCAGUACACUCCAAGUGGCGACAGCCUCCAAGCUGCUUUAAAGUAACAAUGAAGAACAUGGACGUUUUUAA